UCGUACCUAGUAGACCAACCCGCCCUGACAGCGCGUUCUAGUCCCUUUGUACGCUUGUUGUGGAGCCGCCAAUGGAUUGCAGCAGUUACUGCUGCGGUCGGGUGGCGUGAUAUUAGCCACACCCGUUUCAGCGCACCGACCAUGGCCAAGGCCAAGGGCGCCGUCGUCGCCGCCAAGUUUGAGAUCCCCGAUGUCGAUGUCAACCCGUUCAAGCUCGCGGCCGUAGGGAACCUCCAGAUCCUCCGGACGCUCGUCGAGCCGCCCGAGGGCGGGAACAUCAAGCCCAUCGACGUCAACGCCAAAGACGCGUACGGCUGCAGUGUGCUUGUCUGGGCCGCUCGGAACGGCUACUACGACGUCUUUGAGUACCUCUUGGGUCAUGGCGCCGAGAUCGAGUCGGUCUCGUUUGGUGGUAUGACGGCCCUCCACCACGCGGUCAACCACUGCCGGCUCAACGUCGUCACCAAGCUCCUCGAGCUCGGCGCGUCGGUCGAUGCAAAAGACGACGGGGGCAACACACCGCUGCACCUCGCGGCCGGACGCGGCAUCCUCAACCCCGUCGUGUCGCUCCUCAGUGCCGGCGCCAACGUGAACGAGGUCAACCUCCAAGGCGUAACGCCGCUCCACAAGGCUGUGAGCGGCGGCCAUGGGCCGUGCGUGGAGAAGCUCCUCGAGGCGCGCGCAGAGCCCAAUAUUGCCAACGCCGAAGGCAACACGAGCGUGCACUUGGCGGCGCGCGGUGGGUUUGACGCGCUCGUGUUGCUCCUCUUGGAGGCGAAAGGCAGUGCCAACCUCAAAAACAAGGCCGGGAAGAUCCCAAAGGACGUUGCGCUUACGCCCGAGAUCGCCAAGCGCUUGUAAGUCGUGUCGCUAUCAACCUCUCUAUUUCUUCUUCUUGUUGUACUCGUAAAAAAAGGUGGGAAGGCUCUUGUAGGCCUUGAACUCGU